AUGGAUCCGAACGAAAUGCGAUUCCGCGCCCAGCAGUCUCCCCGAAGCGAUGCCACCACCAUGAACUCCCUCGUCUCGCCGCCCCGGAACCGCCUCUCGCAGACCAUGUCCUCUCAAGAUCCCCGGUCGACCCUGUCUCGCCGUUUCACCACCGACUCGGGCCGUGUACCAACAUUGUCUUCAUCUGCAGCCCCACGUGGCCAAGAUCCCUCCGAAUACCAGACUAUGCAACAUCUUCAGUUGAUAGAAAAGAAGCGUAUGGAGUAUGAGAAGAUCCGGGAGCAGAAGCGCCUCUUCGACGCCGAACUGGCCAAGCACGAGGUGGAGCUCGGCGCCAUGCUCGAGGAGCACGGCAGGCUCUCCGGGCACCAGUCCGAGCCCACGACGCCUCCCGAGUAUCGUGAGAACCCCUCUGGGUUCCCUUCGGUCUUCUCCCGCCCGAAUCGCUACUCCCUUUCCAGCCUGACGUCUCCCCCGGGCUUGGCUAACCGCUCGGCGCGGUCCGGCUCCGUCCUCGCAUCGCCGCAGUCGGGCGUCCCGCUGUCCCGGUUCGCCUUCGACGACCAGCUGCCGUCCUGGUCUGUUCCAGGCUCGCGGAGGAAUAGCGAUGAGGACGAGAAGGAGGAGGCUGUUCGCCAGGACCCUACGUCCCAUCGGUCGACCAAUGCAUCCGCCAAGCCAACACUCAUGGUGGCUGCUGACAAGGACUUCGAGAACAGCGUUAACAGGUACUCGAUGCCCGUCACCAAGUCUCGCACAGCUUUCUACGACAUCAACUUGGACCAGGCCAACACCACCGGUUUUCUCUUUGGAGACGACGAUAACGUGAUCGACGGAAAGCUCUACACCCAAGCCAACAACGAAGACAACUUCCCUGUCCUCCGACGUGAGCCCAAUAUGUCGAACGCUUCCAGCGAGGCCUCUAUCAUCGCUACUCGCCCCGCAGCGUUUCGUCACUCGCUUGAGAUGAAGACCAUGGAUCAGAAGUACACUGAUCCCGCGGCCGAUGCGCCUGCUCCUACCAACAACGGCAGCGUGCUCGCCACUCCUCCUAAGUUGCAGCCCUCCUUCUCCGCCAACGACAUCCCUACCCUUAAGAAUGUGUCUGGGACCACUGUGGGCAGCACCCCCAACCAGGCGGCUCAACAGCACCUUCACAACCACAACGCCAGCAUGGGUCGCAUCCCGGCUGGUGCCUUGCCGAGCCGUCACAGCCGCGAGCUCUCUGGCGAUGCUCGUGACAAUGUCGCCGGAGCCAACUACCAGUCCAUCGGCUCGUCUCUGCACGCCAACGCGCCUUCGUUCGGCCCAGCUCUGGCACAGCCCUCCAAUGUUCUCCAGGGCCCUGUCCUCACCCAGCCCUCGCAGACCCCUGUGCCUCCCAUCAUGGCUCCUAGCCAGGGCAUGUCGCCCUACAACAGCAACAACGGUGGAUAUUACACGCCCAACGGUUAUGGUAAUGUGGGACCUGCCAACGGUGGCGCCAACUACCACGGAAUGCCCCUGCUUGCGCAGAUGCAGGGCUUGUCCCUGAACGGAGGUGGAAAUACCUACUCAGCACAGAACUACACUGGCUAUGCCCCUGUCUACGCCCCUCACCAGCCGCGAGACAGCCAGCAGCGCAUCAUGGCGAGCCGACGCCAGCAAGACAACGAGGCUAUGAGCCGCUUCAACGGUACCACCCUCGAGUCCUACGGCGGCUCUAUCUAUGAGCUCUGCAAGGACCAGCACGGAUGCCGCUUCCUGCAGAAGCAGCUCGAGAGCCGAAACCCUGACCACGUGCACAUGAUCUGGCUCGAGACCUGUUCUCAUGUCAUUGAGCUGAUGACUGACCCAUUCGGCAACUACUUGUGCCAGAAGCUGUUCGAGUUCUGCAACGACGACGAGCGCACUGUCUUGGUUCAGAACGCUUCCAAGGACAUGGUUCGCAUCGCUCUGAACCAGCACGGCACACGAGCUCUGCAGAAGAUGAUCGAGCACCUGUCCAACAACGACCAGGUUUCCCUCAUCACCGCUGCCCUGCGUGAUCGUGUCGUUGAGCUCAUCCAGGACCUCAACGGCAACCAUGUCAUCCAGAAGUGCCUGACGAAACUCAGCGCUCUGGACGCCCACUUCAUCUUUGAAGCCGUCGGUACGAGCUGCGUCGAGGUUGGCACUCACCGUCAUGGCUGCUGUGUGCUGCAGCGUUGCAUCGAUCACGCCUCGGGUGAUCAGAAGCUGCUUCUCAUCCAGCGCAUUACGGAGCACGCAGUCACCCUCGUUCAGGACCCCUUUGGCAACUACGUUGUCCAAUACAUCAUCGAUCUGAACGAGUCGAUCUUCACAGAGCCCGUCGUGCAGAAGUUCCACGGCAGGAUCUGUCAGCUGUCUCGCCACAAGUUCAGCUCCAACGUGAUCGAGAAGUGCCUUCGCUGCGCCUCAGACGCCUCCAAGGAUAUGAUCGUGGACGAGCUUCUGGCACCUAGCGAGAUGGACCGCCUCAUUCGAGACUCUUACGCCAACUAUGUGGUUCAGACGGCCUUGGAGCACGCUACCCACUACAUGAAGCAGCGUCUGGUCGAUGUCAUUCGCCCAAUCCUCCCAACUGUCCGCCAGACCCCAUACGGACGAAAGAUCCAGGCCAAGGUCUCUGCGUACGACUCCACCAACGGCCGCUCCAGCGGCCAGAUGACCCCUGCAGAUCCCACCCAGGGCCAGAUCCCAAUCCGCCCAGCUCAGACCCGCGGCAUGUCUAACACUACCUCUAUUCUGACUCCUGGCGCUUUUCAGAACGGUACCAACGGCUUGAACAACCGUGGCGCGCAGGUCUUUCCCACCAGCGCGAGUCUGACUGUGCCGCCUCCUCAGUCGCAGCACCCCCAGCAAUAUGCGCCUCCUCAGUUCGUCAACCACAUUGCUAGCGCUCCUUAUGCCCAAGGACAGGGAGCUUCUGGACCUGCCCAGGGCGGUCAGGUUUACAAUGGAGCUCCCAACCCGCCCAUGGCUUCUGACAACGGCGAGCAGAACUUCUUCUAG